GCAAAUGGAUGGAUAACAAUGGGCACAAAAGGUGUUCAGCUAUUUAUACACGAGGAGUAUAGACACAAAGUGGAGACAGCGCACUAGGAAAUUAAGAGGAAAGUUUUUAGGCUAUAGUGGAGACAAGGUCAAUUCAUAUAGGUCGCGAAAGUGGAGCAAAAAGCGGCCCAAAACCAAUCGUCAGCGUCAUCACCCUGGAGGCCGCGCUACCGCAGUACGACUAUGUUUUGCGCGGCCAAACACUAAGCUGAUAAAAUAUUAAAGACACACUUUCGGUGUCUUAUAUAUAGUUGACUUUAAAUCAAAGUAUUAUUUGUUAAUAAUAACUUAGUUUAAACAUGUUUAGAGUGGUGAAUUUUUCAGGUUAUGUUCAAUAUGUAUUAUGUUGUGCAUACUUGUUGCGACAUCUACAACGUCGCUAUUUUUCGCCGUCGGCAGAAGUUCGCAGUCCUGAUACGCCUCGUGUUUGCAUUGUUUGCUUUCGCCAGUGUGCCUAUAUUUCUGUAGCUCCCGUCGAACAUUCACUUUGCAAUCGUUUAAAACGACUUCGCGGUCUUAAGUUUUCCCACGAACGGUCUGUACUAGUUGAAUCCUAUUGCGCCGUUCUGUUGCUUUUGUCGUCGAGCGCCCGACGGGCGCGUUCAAGGCUCUGUCGUCGGGACGAUGCGCCUGCCCCAUGUAAAGAGGCGCUGCGCGGUAGCGCGAUGCCCAAGUGAUGACUGCACCGCUGGCAUCACUUCAUCGUUUUCCUGUAAACGCUGCAAGGUGAAGCUUGUAGCAGUUGUGUCCGCUGCAAAUAUGUGUGAUGUCCUGAUGUCCGUUGUCCGGUGAUGUCUGGUAAACUCUUGACCUCUUCUAUGGGCCCUCAUGCAUGCUCAUUUAGUAAUAAGCACCCGUUGAUCGAGCUUUUUUGGGCCCAGUCUCCGUUCCAAGCUUCGCGAGACGAAACUAAUCUUAGAUAUUAGUGGCGGCUUUGCUUGACCUCUGCUGAACGACUGCGUGACCCCAAAAACCUAAUAAGAAACAAUGACUGAACAUUUCAGUUUUAACGAACUUUUAUAAUAUGGUGUGAAUAACACUAAAACGUCCUUUCUGGUUGAAACGUGUUUGGUGUCGUCCCUCUAACAUGCUGGCGAUUAUCAGGUCUACUUGCUGUGGAUGUCGUGCUCGGGAAUCUAGUAAUGUAAUCGUCUGCGUUGUGGACCUAUCUAACCUCACGGGCACAGAGGUGUGCUCCGCGCUCGUGGCGUUCGCUGGACCCAGACGGGAGACCAAGUACAAUGAUGUCACUAGUUUAUCGCGAACAUUAUUGUGUAAUCUUGUUUCUUUCUUAAGUGUCCACUUUAGCCAAGGGUAUGUAAAGUAAUACACUGCUUCACAUUCAGGCGGAGGGUCUGGGUUGAGUUCUGCCGGAACACAAGCCUACGGAACAAGACGCCACAGCAGCUGCGGGAACGGGCGGUAUGCUCCAGGCACUUCAAACCCUCUGCAUUUCUUUACCGAGAAAGGCUGCGUCGUGAUGCAAUACCAGCAUAUUUGACCACUGAGGGUGCUGGAGAUGCCGUACAGAGCAGCAGCCCUGGCCAAUUGAUUAGCGAGGGCGAGCCCACACUGGCCUGCAGCAGUAGCACCGAUGGGCACACAUCAUCACGGUGUCACACGCACCACACUACAGAAGAAGAUGUGGGGAGCAGUCUCACGGCUCUGACCUCUGGCACGAAGACUAGCCCUCCAACCAGAGUUCAUGUGGAUCACACAUACUCGAUGCAAGGCGCGAUGGAUGGACAUGGCCCGCCGUCUGGAGGAAACGAUGUGGGGGUACCUGAACCUUCCCCUACCGAUUAUGAUGCGUCGGUGUCUUCGACUUCUGCGGUUCCUCACCAACGGUCCUGUGCCACCCGCACCGAGGGCAAGGGGAAGAUGGACGUGUUGAGGGCCAGACUUCGACAGCUUAGGACACAUAACAAGAGACUCCAGCAACGACUGCAGCGACGGCGUCAUAUGCUGACUGUCACUGAGAUAGUUGAAAGUGUACGUAGCCUUGUCUCUCCAGCCGUUGCUGCCCUUGUGGAAGCUCAGCUGAAGAUGACCAAUGCGAGCAGGUUCGGCAGGCGGUGGUGCAGCCAGAACAAAGAAUUUGCCUUGGGCUUGUACUUUUAAGCCCUAAGGGUUACCGGUACUGUAGGCAAUUGUUAAGGUAAGGUCGUUACAGCUUUGGCUUCAGCGUGUUCCCCUGAGGGUUGGCUUUUACCCAGAAGUUUUCGAACUAGUCAAAAAACCUGCAGCUACUUUUUCACCAGAAGACAAGCCAUGCAUUAUUGCCUUUGACGAGAUGCACGUCACGAAAGAGCUCUCGUACAACCCCUCUGUGGACAGGUUUGAAGGGCUCGAAGAACGUAACACUGGAAGAGGCCAUAACCUUGCAAACAAAGCUCUUGUGUUUAUGGCUAAAGGCAUUCGCACGCCAUGGAAGCAGCCACUUGUCUAUUUUUUUGCUCAUGGGGGAACACAUGCCAACAUUUUGCGUGACCUUCUUUUCCAGUGCCACAAUUUGCUUGUGAAAGCCGGCCUGGAGCCAGUAGCUGUCGUAUGUGACCAAGACAAUCAAAAUGUUGCUCUUUUUAAUGGCCUUGUUACAUCUGAGAAGCCCUACGUAAAUGUGAAUGAGAAGCCACUUUUUCUUUAUUUGAUGUUCCACAUCUGCUGAAGUGCUUACGAAAUAUGUUCUUCAAGUACAAUUUUCAAAUUGGGGACCACACGUUGAGAAGCUCUUUCCUCGGGGAAGCUUACGAAAAAGACAAACAGCCUGAAAUCCGAUCCAUGCCAAGGCUCAGUGAGAAGCAUUUUAAUUUUAAUUUUGCCUCCAAAAUGUCAGUGAAACUAGCAGCGCAAAUAUUCAGUAAUCACUGUGCUGCUGCAAUGUUUGCCAUGGUAGCUUCCCAGCAACUGCCAGUUGAAGCUAUCCACACGGCCCGGUUUAUUGAAAAAAAUGGAUCGUCUUUUUGAUAGCCUGAACAGCUCACAGAAACGCGGGAAGAGUGCAUAUGUGUCUGCAAUUCACGAAGGCUCUGUUCACAAGGAGUUUCUGAAAGAAUGCCUUCAUAUGUUCGAAAGCCUUACCGUUCUUGUGUGCCCACGGCAGCCUGCUUGCAUUCGCGGUUUCUCCUUGACCAUUCGGUCUAUUAUGCUGAUUUGUGAGCACCUGACAUCUGAGUAUGGUUUCAGAUACCUUCUGACUCGCCAUCUCAACCAAGAUGCACUCGAAAACACAUUCUCCGUAAUAAGGUCAAAGUCUGGUGCGAACGCCAAUUCCUCUUGCCGGCAGUUUCAGGCAGCAUUUAGGCAUCUCCUAGUUAGCAACUUGUUUAAACUGUCUGACAAGAGCAACUGCGAAGAGGACAUGGCAACCCUUUUAGCGGCUCUUCCGGUUGGUUUCUCAGCUCCCUCAGCUUCACUUAGUCUAGGAAGCUCACUUCCACAAUGUGCAGCUGACCUCACAUCCUGUAGUUAUCCCACUUUAUUAUCACUUAACAACAUGGUUUACUUUGCUGGAUGGCUUGUAACAAGGUUUGUCAAAUAUCAUACAUGUCAAAACGUGACUCAGCAAUGUGAAUUGCAAAUCAAGAAUGACACUUUUUCUGAUGACAGCCAAGUGUUGUUGUAUUUGAGUGUGAAAGGAACGGCUGAAGGAGACUUUGGAAGCCUCUCGGUCACUUCACCUUGCUUUGUUUCUUUCGUUCAAGCUUGUGAGAAGGUUUUUGUGGCGUCAAUUGACAGUCUUGUUUUGAAAGAAGGCGUUGGGAAGGCGUUGUGCAUCACUCUUCAUGAGAAGGUCUAAAAGCUGCUGACACUCUGCAGUGAGGAUGUCUAUGGUGAUUUAUUUGCUUUGUUUGCAAGGGUGAGGCUUCAUUGGUUCGCCCCUAAAAAGAAUACUGGGCUCCUUGAUGCAGCUGUGAGACGCAAAACCCAGCAACGAGUCCAGAGGCUGUGCAGAUGAGAACACUUGCUUUAUGCCCACAGGAAGUCCCUUUAGUUUGUCUUAUGUGUUGCAUUCAAUGAUCACGCUGGCACACCGGAUUGUGCGAGUACAUACCUCUAAAUUAUCACACGCUUUGCCGAAACUGUCUACUGCGAUGACCAAAUGAAUCUAGCAUACUUUAAAUAAAGUGUAAAAGUUUGUUUCGCAUGCUCAGACGCUACAAUCAACAUAUAGGUUCAGCUAGAUGAACUUGAAUUUUCAAUGAAUCAAUAUCAAAAUUUCAGUGUCACAGCAUGCAAAACUAAUUUUUUCGUUCUAAGCAAAAAUAUGUUAGAUUCAUUCGACGCUCGCUGUAUAGUGCUAGAUGACGUUGCUCACUGAAUGAUGGGACAGGGUGUCUACCAAAUCGCUUAUUCCAAAUUUCCCAAUUUUCUCAAGGUUUUCCUCUCUAUUUCGAUAAAAUGUUGACCGUUACUUCGGUUCAGGGAGUGCCUAGUGGCCUGCGCUGCCUAGUGACGUGUCGGGCAACGUUAUUCAGUGCAGCGGCACCACCGUGAAAUCCUUGUGCAAUCAUCGGGCUUCGUUGCACGCUGCCGUUCCACUUUCGCUUAUCAUUUUUACUAAUUAGGAACUCUUUUGUGGUUUCCUUUAUAUUACCCUGUUCUUUAAAUAUAAUCCGCCUUACUUAAAUAUUUUAAGUUUCCAGGUUGGUAGACACCCUACACACCUUGUGCAUUAUUGAGGAGUGUGUGAGAACAAGCGUUGACCUCGAUGUUUCCUUGUGCAGUGCGACGACUUGAGACAUAAACCUGGAUUAAUGUUUGGUUGUGUGAGGUAUACAAAAGUAUAUCAAACUGCGAGGAAAGGUAAAUCAGUGAGUCAGUAUGGUGCUAACAAUUUGCCACAAAGCGAAUUAUUAUCCUUUUUCUGAUGCUUUCUUUCCUGUCAUUUUGUGGCGGUUUCCUGCGUACUAAUCCUCACAUAAACAGCCAAGCUGUGGAGCACAAUGUUUGUGUGACGAGCGCAUGUGCUAUAACGAAACGUCUCAAUUUUCAAUCUCUUGAAACAUUAAUUCAUGUGGACAUUCAAAUGCAAAAUACAUGUAUAGCUCCGCACCUCCACCUGUGAUUGAUAUAGUUAAAUCUAGUUACGAGCUCUCAACGUAAACAGUGCAAGAUAAAUGCGUAAACGUGCCUCCCGUUGAGAGUAUUAAGUGCGUGCAUAGAGUUGUCGAGACCCUAUUUCACUUCGUUUUUAUUGCCAUAUCUAUCUUCAAGUGUUCAG